AUGAAACUCUUUGCUCUUCUCUCUUUAGUUGCUCCAGGCUUUUGCUGCCUAGAGAAAAGAGAGUCUGCUGCGGAUAUAACCACAGGGAUACGAAACGAGUACUACUUCGCGGACUACACGAGCUACAAAUCCUUCCCAGAUGAACAGAAGGCCAAUGUGACAAAGUAUCUGUCUGAGGCACGAGACCUGGCCCAGCAGGAUAUAUAUCCAUACUUCGCUCGCGACUGCAGCUCCCUGCCCAUAUAUUCGGAGUUGGACAGACUUUCCCAGUCCAACGGGUUCGUACCAGCAACCGAGGUAUUUUCCGGUCUCUUCUUUGUCGGCCAAGUAGCGUGGUCUUCUUGGGCAUACGGCACCGGAGACGGGCUCGUCAUCUUCGAUACACUGGCAUCGGCAGAGGAAGCAGAGAAAAUCAUCAUCCCAGGCAUCGAAAAGUUCGGGUACUCUGGGAAGGAUAUUAAGUAUGUGCUAAUCAGUCAUGAGCACUUUGACCAUUACGGCGGUGCCAGGUAUCUGCAAGAGAAGUAUAAUGUCCCCGUGGUGGCUUCAGCAAACGCAUGGGAGGCAAUGCUCGAGGAUAGUUUGGGUCCCCUCAAGAACGACAAGGCUCUUACUGUCAGUGACGGAUAUCGUCUUACAGUGGGCAACCUGACUCUUACCUUCUACGAGACCCCUGGCCAUACCGAUGGCACAAUCUCAUGGAUCUUCCCAGUGAAUGACCUCCAGAGCGGCGAGACCCAUGUAGCUGCGUUAUACGGUGGCAUGGGGUUUUCCAAAACAGCAGAAACCCUAACCCAGCAAGUGGCCUCGUUCGAGCGGUUCAGCGGACUGGCAGGCCAACACGACGUCGAGGUUCUCAUCGGUAACCAUCAGGCGAGAGACCGCAGCCUGUAUCACCUGGACCUUCUGGCGCAUCGCGAGUGCGGCGACAAGGGCUGCAAUGUCGCGAACCCGUAUGUCAUAGGCGCUGAUGCUUAUAAGCGGUGGUGCAAGGUUCAAUCGCUGUGCAUCCGGACGUAUGCAGCUAGAAUGAAUAUGUACCUUAGCCAGUAA